UUGCGUGUGAGGUGAGCACAACCAAAACAAGCCUCCACCCAGCCCAAAUUACAAGAGUCAUUCCUUUCAGCAUAUCUACCAGUAAAACAUAUACAGUCGUCCACGUCUUAUAUAUAUAUAUAUAUAUAUAUUCAAAUCCAAACACACCGCCAUAACUAUUUCAUCCAUUUCCUUUCUUAAUUGUUUGAUAUUUUUGGAGCUAAUUAAGAAACCAUGGAAGAUAGGUCGGAGAUAGUAUUUUUCGACGUAGAGACAACAAUUCCGACACGAACCGGACAGGGAUAUGCACUCUUGGAAUUUGGGGCAAUUCUCGUUUGCCCGAGGAAGCUUGUGGAGCAAGAGAAUUACUCCACCCUCGUACGACCUGACGACCUCUCUCUCAUUUCCCAACUUUCUGUUCGGUGCAAUGGUAUUACCAGAGAUGCUGUCACUUCUGCCCCUACCUUCGCUGAUAUCGCCGACAAAGUUUUUGACAUUCUCCAUGGGAGGAUAUGGGCGGGCCACAAUAUUCUGAAAUUUGAUUGUCCAAGGAUUCGGGAGGCGUUUGCUGGAAUUAAUAGGCCUGCACCAGAACCCAAGGGAACAAUUGAUACACUUGCUUUGUUGACACAAAGAUUUGGAAGGAGAGCUGGUAACAUGAAGAUGGCCUCUCUUGCUACUUAUUUUGGCCUUGGACAGCAAACACAUAGGAGUUUGGAUGAUGUUCGAAUGAAUUUUGAAGUACUAAAAUACUGUGCAACUGUUUUGUUUUUGGAAUCCAGCCUGCCUGAGAUAUUAACUGAGAACAGUUGGGUGUCUCCUAAUACUGCUAUAAGAAGUCGCACUAAUGGAAAUGCUGUUCUGGAGGGGAUGGGCUCCAGUACAGAUACACCUUCAUCGAGUGUCAAGAUAGAAAGUCUUAUGAAAUCUAUUGCAGAAGACAACAUAGAAUCAGAUCAUCCAAUAUUUCCACUUGUAAGCAGAAAUGUGGAGAUACCACAACUUCUUGAAACAAAUUCCUCUAGGCCCGACGCUUUUAACUUGGUCCAACUGAGCGCCGAAGUAAGGGAAUCCAUUCAGUUAGAUGACAUGGAAGAAGAACCUGGUUCAGCAGAUUCUCGACAAUCUUCUGUAUCAACUGCAACAGGAGGUUACAUUGGCUGCACUGACUUCUUAGAACCAAAUAAUAUUUCAAUUUCUUCUGUCUCCGUAAUUCUAGCGCCCUUUUAUCGUGGGACUCAGAAGAUACAAAUCUUGCACAACAAUGCUGAAUUGCAAGUUUGCUCUAGAUGCCUGAAGGUGCGGUUUGGAAUUAGUACUAGGUUUGUUGAUUAUGCUGGUCGGCCACGGUUGAGUUUUGUGGUGGAUGCAUCAUCAGACCUAUGCCAACUUUUGGAUGCAAUUGAUAAUCUUGCGCAGAAAUUAAAUGAGGAUACAGGUAGCAUGUCAGAAUGGAGGCCUGUGGUAAACAGAAAGCCUGGCUUUAUGAACUGUCCUACCAUUCGUUUAAAUUUACCAACUGUGGUGGAUGCUAAUAUCUCCCGCUGGGUCACAGAGAUAUACCAGAAAGAGUCUUCCACAACACAGAAGCUCAUGUUCAGUAGGUUUGAUGCGGCAGAACUGGAUUCCUUGAUUACACCAGGAACUCUUUUGGAUGCAUAUUUCUCAGUGGAUUCAUACGACUACCAACAGACUGCAGGCAUCCGCUUGGUGGCGAAAAAGUUAGUUGUGCAUUCCUCCUGAUAGAUGAGGUGCCUCAUUGACAGGAUAACUUAAGUGUUUUUACAAUUUGCUUCUGAUGGCUAUGUAGUUCUCUAAUGAGGGAGUAGCCUGUACUGUCUGACAAGAAUGACAUUGCUUCCUCUAAUCUAAUAAAUUGGGUGAUUUUUCAACUUAUUA